AUGAUGGAUGAAAAGGAUAUACCGAUUGAUAUACACAUUAAUAAGCUUCUGGAUUGGUUGCUCAGUAGACGACAUUGUAAUAAGGAUUGGCAAAAAAACGUAAUGGUUAUUCGUGAAAAGAUUAGCGCAGCGAUCCGGGAUAUGCCAGAAGAUGAGUGCAUCGUGAAAUUACUUCAGGGUUCCUAUAUAAAUUAUUUUCAUUGUGUUCAAAUCGUCAACAUUCUGAAAAAUACGGAGAAGGGAACAAAGAAUUUCUUGGGAUAUUAUUCAUCGCAGAGAAUGAACGAUUGGAUGCAAAUUAAACAGAUGUAUGAGAAAGGGAAUAUUCAUUUAGCAGAAGCAGCUCAAAUCCUUCAAAGAAUGGUUCAGUAUGAGAUUCCAGCUCUAAAAAAGCAGAUUUCGAAAUGCGAUCAAACAAUCACCGGCUGUGCGAAGAAGGAAAAAGAUUAUGCGAAGCAAAUGGUAGAAAGCAAGAAGCAAUAUGAGAAAGAACUAUUGAAGAUGGGAAUUGAUGGUGUCCACUUAAGACGAGAAAUACUGUCAUUAUUGGAUGAUUUGCCAUCUUUUUUGGACGAAAUAAUGAGAUCUAUAUCGUCUUUGAAUGAACCGCUUCAGUAUUACGAACAGUUUCAGGCAUAUUUACAUCAGAACGAGACACCUAAUGUUGUUUUGUUACCAUUAUGCCGUUUUUUAAUGGAAAAAGGCGCAGAAAUAACAGUUUACGAAUGGAAAAAUGGUACAAAACCAGCACGCAUUGAAUUGCCUUCUUUGAAUGCCUGUGUAAAUGAGGAGGCAAAUAGCGCCGAAGAAAUAGAUUUCGGCGAUGAUCUCAUUGUUCCUGGUAAUGAAAUUGAUUUUACUGAUAGUGGAUUUCAAAUUGAAGUCGUUGGGGACGAAAAAGGUGAUGUUAACGAUGGAAUAGCUCGAGGCUUGGAUGCACUGACAAUACUCGAAAAUCCACAAACUCGAAAUCUUAUUUACUUUGAAUUGAAAGAGUUGGAAAAAUUUUUGCUAAUGCGAAGAGAGGAUGAAACCGCAGAAAGUAUGUCUGAUAUUUAUAUAUUGGGGAUGGAGGAACGGCCUGCGGCACUAAGAAAGAUUACCGUGGAAACAAUUGAUAAAUGGUUGAUGCAUGUGAGCGAAAUUAUCAAUAGAUUAACUGAUUCUCAAAAAGCUCAUUUGUUUCGAAUACGUUCUUCACCUCAAUAUGUUGAAAAACUGGUGGAAACCUUGGAUCAGAAGCGUUCUUUAGAAGGACGUUAUCAAAAAAUGAGGGACUUGAUGAUAGAGAAACAGAGCGAAAUGCGAAUUAGCAUGCAAAAAGCGCAUGAAACAUUCGAUGGAGUUUGUGAGACUAGCAAAAUAUUGCAGAAGCAAAUUGAAGAAGAAAUCUCAAAGUUGUAUAAAGGAAGAAAAGUAAACAUUAUGGGUGGCACACAUGCUGCAUUGACGACUUUUUGA